UCGAGUGUGUACAAAUGAUCACGCGAUAAACGGAAAGACCGCUCGGCCGCCACUACACCAAUACGUGUUUUGCUCGAAGGCGUCGUCUCGUGCGUGCGCGCAUUAUCGCGCGACGUUAUGUGAGCAUUGCAACGCGUCAGUAUCGCGGCGAUAAGAGGCGCAGUUGUCAAGUCAAACCGAACGUCCAGCCGUUGUUGCAGCUCAUCGACAGAGCAUUGGCCGCAGCAGCAGCUGCAGCAGCUCCACUCUGAUUCCCCGAGCGCUCCAACGAUGUCAGCGGCACUGUCCCGAGUACCGACGCUGCAGCGAAUGAUCGCCGGUGCCUGCGGUAGAUCGGCGGUCUGGCAGGCGGCCGCGUCCCGAGCGACCAUCUCGUCGCAGGAGGUGUACGAGCGCGAGCACAAGUACGGCGCGCACAACUAUCACCCGCUGGAGGUGGCGCUGAGCCGCGCCGAGGGCGUCUUCAUGUGGGACUGCGAGGGCCGGCGCUAUUACGACUUUCUGUCUGCCUACUCGGCCGUCAACCAGGGCCACUGCCACCCGCGCAUCUACAGGGCCAUGGUCGAGCAGGCGAAGCAGCUGACCCUCACCUCGCGCGCCUUCUACUCUGACGCACUCGGCGAGUUCGAGGAGUUCAUCACCCGCCUCUUCAAGUACGACAAGUGGCUGCCGAUGAACACGGGCGUGGAGGGCGGCGAGACGGCCUGCAAGCUGGCCCGGCGCUGGGGCUACGACGUGAAGGGCAUCGAGCGCUACCAGGCCAAGAUCGUCUUCGCCGAGGGCAACUUCUGGGGCAGGACCAUGAGCGCCGUGUCGUCCUCGACCGACCCGUCGAGCUACGCCGGCUUCGGGCCGUUCAUGCCCGGCUUCGAGGUGAUCCCGUACGACGACUUGGCCGCCCUGGACAAGGCCACCUCGGACCCGCGCGUCUGCGCCUUCAUGGUCGAGCCGAUCCAGGGCGAGGCUGGAGUGGUGGUGCCGAAGGAGGGCUACCUGCGCGGGGUGCGCGAGGUCUGCACGAGGAACGGGGUGCUGUGGAUCGCCGACGAGGUGCAGACAGGGCUGGCGCGCACGGGCAGGAGGCUGGCGGUCGACCACGAGGCCGCGCGGCCCGACAUCCUGAUCCUCGGCAAGGCGCUCUCGGGCGGCUUCUACCCGGUGUCCGGUGUGCUGGCCGACGACCCGGUUAUGCUCACCAUCAAGCCUGGCGAGCACGGCUCCACCUACGGCGGCAAUCCGCUCGGCGCCCGCAUCGCCAUCGAGGCGCUCAAGGUCCUCGAGGAGGAGAGGCUCGCCGAGAACGCCGAGCGACUCGGCCGCAUCCUGAGGAGCGAGCUGCAGAAGUUGCCCAGUGAAGUGGUUACGCUGGUCCGGGGCAAGGGCCUGCUCAACGCCAUCGUCGUCAAUGAGAAGGUCGACGCCAUGGAGGUGUGCCGACAGAUGAAGGACGAGGGCCUGCUGGCCAAGCCGACCCACGGCCACAUCAUUCGCCUGGCCCCACCUCUCGUCAUAACCGAGCCCCAGAUCCACGAGUGCGUCAGCAUCAUCAGCAAAGUUAUAUCCAGACAGAAGAUUUGAGUUUCCUUAGUUAUAACAAUUGUCGUCACAGUCUCCAGCGGAUCUGACUCGAAGCAACAGUCACUCCAAAGACUAUGUAGGUCCUCUGUGUGGAGCAUUCUUUCUACAUACGGCAUGUCAUUGCUCUCGAUAUUUGUUGUUAAAAGUUCCUACUUUCAACUAUGGUAUACUCUAAUAAAGUGUUUAUCUCUCU